GGGCGGUGACGCCGCCGUGCCCGGAGCCGACACUCGCCGGGGCCGCGGCGGGAGCGCAGUGGGAGCCGCCACAGCCGGAGCGGGGCCCGGCCCGGCAGCUCUGAUUAUUAACAGGAAAAUAACACUGAAACAGAAUGUCGCUUACCUUUUGUCUGAAAAGGUGAAAUCUUUUCAGAUAGAAAUGGCUGAUAAGGGUGGGAAGAUGCUUCCAGGACACUUUUACAUUCAAGUGGAGUACGACUAUGAGUAUGAGGCUAAGGACAAGAAAAUUGUGAUCAAGCAAGGGGAGAAAUACAUCUUAGUGAAAAAGACUAAUGAUGAUUGGUGGCAGGUCAAAAGAGAUGAAAAUUCCAAACCCUUUUACGUGCCAGCACAGUAUGUGAAGGAAAUACCCCGAAAAGCGCUGAUGCCACCUGUGAAGCAGGCAAGCAUGCUGCCAAAUAACACCUUGAAGUUGACACAUGGAUUACAGAGAUCAACAGAAAAUGUGAAUAAGUCACCAGAGCUUUCUAGUUUCGGAAAAUCUUCUCCAGUUCAAGUGUCUUGCUUAGUUCGAGAUGCCAAUCAGAAUCUGGGACCACACAAUAGCCCCUGUCAAACUUUUGGUUUGAGUCUGGACCUUACCCAAAACAAUGGAAAACUUAACAAUGAGUUGCAAUCUCCCAAGGUUUCCAAUCAGUUUAGAACCAUUUCCAUGGGUCAUUUCCCAUGCCCAGAGUUCUUGGAAAUAGAGAAGACCAGCUUUUUGCAUGAACAAUCUUGUGAUUCAGCAGGAGAAGGCUCAGAAAAAAUUCACCAAGAUUCGGAGUCUGGAGAUGAACUGAGUAGUAGUUCCACGGAACAAGUGCAGCCAACUACUCCACCAAGCCAAGGGAGGCCUGAUUCACCAGUUUAUGCUAAUUUACAAGAACUGAAAAUAUCUCAGUCUGCACUUCCACCACUACCUACAAGUGCUCCAGUCCAAAUAAAUGGGGAAUGGGAAACCCAUAAAGAUACGACAGGACGCUGUUAUUACUACAACAGAGGAUCACAGGAACGAACCUGGAAACCUCCGCGGUGGGCCCGAGAUGCAAGCAUUAAUAAAGGGGAUUCCCAGAGCCAUGCAGAUCAUGAGCAUCUUUCAUCAGAAGAAAACGACCACAGUUCUUGUUACAGCCAGUCAGAUAGUCAGUAUGGUUCUCCUCCAAAGGGUUGGUCAGAAGAGUUGGAUGAACAUGGUCAAACCUUGUAUACCAAUGACUAUACUAAUGAAAAGUGGAUAAAACAUGCAGAUGAACAAGGUAGACCAUAUUACUACAGUGCUGAUGGUUCCCGAUCAGAGUGGGAGUUACCUAAGUAUAAUGCUUCACCACAGCAGCAGAGAGAUAUAAUAAAGAGCAGGAGUCUGGACAGGAGGCUACAGGARCCAAUAGUUUUAACAAAAUGGAGGCACAGCACAAUUGUGCUGGACACCAAUGACAAGGAAUCAUCAACUGCUUCUAAGGCCAGUUUUGCUGAAAAUGAGUCAUCUCCUUCUUCACCAAAGCAUCAAGCCACAGGUCAAGAAAAGUAUGGGUUAUUAAAUGUGACAAAAAUUACAGAAAAUGGGAAGAAAGUUCGAAAGAAUUGGAUGUCAUCGUGGGCAGUGUUACAAGGGUCAUCACUGCUGUUCACUAAAACCCAAGGAAGUGGAACUGGCUGGUCAUUUUGCCAAGGGGGCUCAAUUCCUGAGCUCUUGCUCUCGCUGCUUUCUUCUUGGAAAAAUGCUCUCAGUCGUCGACCUGCUGUCACCUAUGUAAACUCUGCCCAAGUCUCAGCUAUCACUAAGUUUGGUGUCAAUCAGUCUAARCCAGAAUUUACAGUGGAUCUCAAGGGGGCUUUGAUUGACAGGGCCUCGAAGGACAAAUCUAGCAAGAAGAAUGUUUUUGAGAUAAAAACCCGCCACGGAACUGAGCUCUUAAUUCAAUCAGAUAAUGACAGCUUUAUUAAUGAAUGGUAUCAAGUUCUUAACUACACYAUCAGUAAUCAGGUAAUAGAGCCUGAUGAAGCAUUAGAUGAUGAGGUACCAGAUUCCCCUGGAGUAGAAAAACAGGACAAAGAGAAAGAGAAAGAGAAUAAAGAUUCUAAGAAACUUCGUUCAGUGAAAGCUCCCAGCAAUAUAGAUUCCACAGAUCAGAAGAMGACCAAAACGAAGCUCAAGAAGUUUCUUACACGGCGCCCUACAUUACAAGCUGUCCGUGAAAAAGGCUACAUUAAGGAUCAAGUUUUUGGUUCAAAUCUCACCAGCUUGUGUCAAAGAGAAAACAGCACGGUGCCAAAGUUCGUGAAGUUGUGCAUUGAGCAUGUUGAGGAACAUGGCUUAGAUAUUGAUGGCUUAUACAGAGUUAGUGGCAAUCUUGCCGUGAUACAGAAGCUGAGAUUUGCAGUCAAUCAUGAUGAGAAGCUGGACUUGAAUGACAGUAAAUGGGAAGAUAUACAUGUCAUCACAGGAGCCCUAAAAAUGUUCUUCAGAGAAUUGCCAGAACCACUGUUCACUUACAACCACUUCAAUGACUUUGUCAAUGCAAUUAAGCAAGAACCAAGGCAGCGUGUCCCUGCUGUUAAAGAUUUAAUUAAACAGUUGCCAAAACCAAAUCAGGACACGAUGCAGGUACUCUUUAGACACCUGAAAAGAGUUGUUGAAAAUGGAGAAAAGAACCGAAUGACCUAUCAAAGUAUAGCAAUAGUUUUUGGUCCAACCUUAUUAAAACCAGAGAAAGAGACUGGUAACAUAGCAGUCCACACAGUGUAUCAGAAUCAGAUUGUAGAAUUAAUUCUCCUGGAAUUGAAUUCCAUCUUUGGACGCUGACAUUUUUCUUGGAGAAGAAACUGGAAGUGAUGGGUUGGCAGCAGUACUCCAUCAGAAGGAAAACCUCUUGCUGUAUAUGAUGUUUUAUGUUUGUGGACCAAGCAGUAACUUGUUUUUUGCACUUUUGGGGAGGGGAGAACAGGAGAAAUGUCUGACCACUUUAAUGCAAAUUAAAGACAACACUUCAGAUUUCUUUGCAAAGUUCAAUGUAAAAAUGAAUUGAAAAGUUCAUAGUUUGCCUUUUCAAAAUAUCAUUGGAAAAAUGUAAUAUAGGUUCAUACACUGGAUUUCUCGAAGAGUAAAACUGUUAAUCUCAAACUGGAUAAUCUGGAAUUUAAUCUCAAAAUCCUUCCAUUUGAUGGGAAAAAGUCCUACCAUUUUUCCUGGUAUGGAAAAAUUCAGUGAAGUUACAUCUUAAGCUUGUUUAUUGCARCCUACUCAGAUCUGUAUGACACUUUUCCAAGGGGUUUCUGCAUGCAGUGACUGUCUUAGACUUGUGCUAACAGUUUGGUUUAGUUAUUCAAAUCUUAUUCUUCAUGCAAUAUCUGCUGCCCUCUUUCCUUCUUUUUCUCCUGUUUUUCUGUUUUAUUUUUUUUUACUUCUUUCUGUCCUUUUUUUCCCCAGCAACCUCUCUGGAAUUCUUUGCUGCUUCAUAGAGCAGCACACUAUUACACUAUUUCAAACACUGAACUUGUAAGAAUAUCCAGSAAUGGAUAUUUGUCUUGUGGCAAAAUAGAAGUAAUAUUUAAUAAACAYGUUCAUUUUUUCAGGGUA